AUGUCACAAAUUCCAUCUAGUUUUGACUUAACGAAGAAAGAAUUAGAAGAGAAAACUUUCUGGGAAAGAAUUAAGUUUCACUGUGCAGAACAGCCAUUAGUUCCAAUAGGUGCGAUUUUAACAAGUGCUGCUGUUGUUUUGGCUGCACAAAAUAUCAGAAUUGGAAAUCAGAGGAAAGCGCAGUAUUAUUUCCGUUGGCGUGUUGGCUUACAAGGUGCUACGUUGAUUGCACUUGUUGCUGGGUCUUUUAUUUAUGGUAGCGCAACUAUCAGUGAAAAGACAAAACAAGAACAAUUAAGAGAAAAGGCAAAAUUAAGAGAGGAACUAUGGAUUAAAGAGUUGGAAAGAAGAGAUGAGGCUGUUAAAGAAAGAAAGAGAAGGGCUGAAGAGUCGAAAAAAAGGGCGUUAGAGGAUGAAGAAUCGGCGAGAUUAUUAAAGAAAGAACUAAAAGAUUUAGAAAAUAAAAUUAAAACCAAAGAUGAAUAA